ACGUUUUACGUAUUUGAUUAUGAUUGAAUUAAAUUAAACAUUUUUUUUCUUGCGAAGGAGUGAAGGGUUUAAACGCUCUAUAUUGUUAUUUACAAAGUAAAAAAGAAAACCUAAAAAAAACACGUGUUUAUUAAAACGUGUACACCUUGUGUGUGUGCGUGCGUGCAAGUGUGCAAUUUUUAUUUUUGUUGGACACAUGAGCUUCGUGUGCCAUCUAUCGUUUUUUCUACGCAUUAAAAAAUAUUUAAAAUUCAUCCAAAAAUUUUGAAAAGAAUUAAAAAAACAAAAAACGAACCAAACAUGCAACAACAAAUGCGUUAUGAAGCUGAAUAUUUUGACGAUAAAAAACGUCUAUUACGGGCAAUUUUUAAUGAAACAUUGACCCAAUGUAAUGAUGCAUUACAAAAACGUAACAUUACUAAAGAAAAAUUCAAAGAAAUGUCAUUAAAAUCGGAUGAUGAACGUUAUAUACGUAAUAUGUUGGAUAAUCCAAUAUCGAUCGUAUUGAUGGGUAAUCGACCAUGUGUAAAAGCUCGUAUUGUUAAUUAUAUGCUUGGUUAUGAGCUUUUACCUGUAUUCGAUGUAUAUGAUACGGAUUAUAAACAACCAAGACGUGCUGUUCGUAUACAAUAUGGUACACAAAGACGUUUAGCAUUUUGUAUAAGACAUUUUGAAUUAUUAGAAUGUUCACCAUUACAUACUGAAAGAGUUGUAUCAUUUGAAGAUUUACGUUUAGAUUUUUUACAAGAUGAACAACAAUCAUCAUUAUUAACAUCAACAAAUAAUAAUGGUGAACAAGAUGAUUUAAUAUCAUCAAAUCCAGAAUUAUCAGGUGGAUAUUCUAAUGAUAUUCGUUCGUCAUCAAUAUCAAAUGGUAUGCAAACAACAACAAAUGGUAAUGAUCGUGGUGGUAUUAAUGGUGGUAGUGGUGGUAGUAAUGCAUCAAGUGGUCUUGAUUCAGCUGGUAAUGAUCAAUCAACAAAUACACCGACAACAUUAUCAUAUAAUUCAUCUUGUUCAUUAAUUAAAUCUGCACCAACAGCAACAACAAAUAUUGGCCGUCAUAAUAAUAAUCAUCAUCAUCAUCAUCAAGUAAGAAUGGCUACACAACAAUCACGACCACAAUCGGCUAAAUUAAAUCAAACAAAAAAUACGGGUGCUGCAGCAGUAGCUGCUGCUGUUAAUCAUGUGAUACAAAAUGGUGUUGGUAAUAAUAAUGGUAAUGGAAAUGGUAAUGGUCAUCGUCAUGGACAUUCAUCAGGUUAUUCUAGUCAACAAAAUGUUAAUCUUUUAUUACAACAACGUGGACAAUCGGAUAUUGCUAACGUUGGUGUUAAUGAUAUGAAUGGAAUUAUAACACCAACGCCAACACCGCCAACAGUAACAGCAACAAAUAAACAAUCAAUAAAUUUUAAAUCAAGUUUUGUACCAUAUGAUGAUCUUGUAGAUGAUGAUUAUGAUGACGAUGAUGAUGAUGAUGAUGAUAUUGAUUUUGGUGAAGAUGAAAUGUUAAGCCAAACUGAUUAUGUUAAUGAAAUGACAACAAUGGAAAUUGUAUUACCACAUGAAUUAUUGGAAAAAAAUUUACAAAUACGUGUUGCACCUGAUGUUGAAUCAUUUGAUUUAAUAUAUCGUACAACAUUUAGCCGUACAAAUCCAAUAAUAAUAUAUUGUUUUGAACGAUCAGAUGAAAUGUUAACUGAAACUGAUUGUCGUCAUUUACAACAAUUAAGACAUCGUAUGCCAUCAACACCAAUAUUUUUUGCACAUAUUGUUGAUUUUAAUUCUGUUUAUCAUCAUCAUCCUGCUGGUGUUUAUCCAUAUAAUGCACAUCCAUCAUAUUCAUCAUAUUAUCCAUCCAAUCCAAAUGGUGCUACACAACAAGCACAUUAUCCAUCAUCAAAUAUGUAUCGUUUUACAAUGGAUCCACCUGCAAUGCCAAGUCGUAUAUCGACGAAAAUUUCAAAUGUUAAACAACAACAACAAUUACAACAACAACAACAAAUGAUUGUUGAUCAAAUGAAUGCUGAUAUUAAAUUAAUGAAUCAAAAUCAAAACAAAUCUAAUGAUGAUAAUGAUUCCUGUUCAGCUGAAUUUAUAUCAAAUAUUACGAAUCCCACAACAACAACCACAACAACAACAACAUCAAAAACAACAGUAAAAACGAAAAAAACAACACCACCUGCAAGACGUAAUACACAUUGUUUGGGUGAAAAAUUAAUGGGUUCAGUUUCAUUGAAACGUUCUGAAUCAACAUCAUCAACACAUUCAUCACCAUGUACAUUAUCAUCACCAUCACAAACAACAACAUCAUCAUCAAAUAACAGCAAUAAUAACGGAACACAAAGUAUAAGUAUGCAAAAUAUAAAUAAUAAUAAAACACAAUCAUCAUAUUUACAAGGUUCAGAAUAUAUUUGGAAACAAUUAAGAGAGAUGGGUUUUUUUCAAGAAAUGCCAUCAACAAUUGCAUUACAAGCACCAAUGGAUCGUAGACAAAAACAUCAAUCAAAUGGUUAUUAUAUAAUAAAUGAUAGUCCAUUUAAAUAUUCAAAACAAAAUCAAAAUAAUAAUCAUAAUAAUCAAAAUAAUACUGAAAAUGGAAUGGAUGUAUCAUCACGUUUCAUAUGUCAUUCAUAUGAAUUUUGUUAUUUUGUUGAUUUUUUUCGUUCAAUAUUGAAAUCAAAUUUAGUUGUUGCAGCAACAUUAUUGAAUGAAAUUCAUAAUCAAUUUAUACAAUACUAUAUAUUUACGGCAUUCGAUAUGACAUGGAAUCUAAAUUAUUGUAUACCAAAACGUUUAGAAUAUGCAAGAAAUAAAGAAGCUGAAUUAUAUAUGUCAUUAAUGGGUAUUGCUAAUCGUAAACAAGAAGAAAUUCGUCAAUUAAUUGGUGAAACAUUACAUUUUAUGCGUGAUGAUAUUUUGGAACAAGCUGCAUCAUAUCAAUUUGGUAAUCAAAUUUUCAAUACAAAUCCAAUGGUUUCAGCAUCCGAAAUUAAACAAUGUGCUGAAGAAAUACAGGAUUUUGUUUUUAUGACAUUAAAUCGUGCAAUUGCUGUUAAAUUAAUUGGUUCGGUUGAUAUUAUGCGUGAAAGUUUUAUCGGUACAUUACAACGUUGUCUUAAACAAUUAGAAGAAUAUAGACAACGACGUGAUUCAUUUGGUGUUAUACAUUUACAAAAUGGUCAUCAUGGUAAUAAUAAACAUCAUGGUGUUAUGAUUGGUGAUAAAAUGAUUAAUAAUAAUAAUAAAAUGAUAAAUGGUCAUUAUAAUAUGGCUGGUGGUAAUCAUAAUUAUAAUCAUCAUCAUCAUCAACAACAACAACAAUUACCAUAUCAUCAUCAAAGAGUUCAAGAAGAAAAAAUUGAUUUAGCAUUAUCACGUUUAUUGAAUUUAGCAUAUUCAAUUGAAAUAAAUGCUAAUAGUUGUUCAUCAAUGUUAAGAAUAUUUUGGGAAAAAAUGAAAAAUUUUUUCCUAUUAUUUAGCAUUGCAUGGAAACCAACAUGUCGUAUUGAUAUGGAAUGGAAACGUAAAGUAUCGGCUGAUUUAUUAGAUAAUUUAUCUGAAGCAAAAUUAGCUAAAUGUAUUUGUACACAAUUUCGUGAAAAAUUAAAAUUAGCACAUGAAACAUUUUUAAGUUCAUUAGCUAAUUUAGAAACAACAUUGGUUAGUCGAUUGAAAGAGAUUGAUCAUCGUCGACAACAGGUACGAAAAAAUGAUGCACCAUUAUUUGCACGGUUAGCAUUAGAAUCAACAUCAUUUAUUGAUGCAAUAUUAUAUGGUUCACCGGAAUUGGGUAAAGAAAUUGGCCGUGGUCAAUAUGGUGUUGUAUUUUCAACGAAAAAAAGUUGGGGAAAUUAUUCUAGGAUUGCUGUAAAAUCAAUAAUGAUAUGUGAUGAUAAACAUUGGAAUGAUUUAGCAAUGGAAUUUUAUUAUACAAGAUCAUUACCUGAAACUGAUCGUAUUGUACAGAUACGUGGUUCAAUUAUUGAACAUAAUUAUAAUGGUGCAUCAUCAUAUGUUUAUCUAAUUAUGGAUCGUAUGGUUCGUGAUUUAUAUGUUGGACUGAAAUCUGGUUUAGAAUGGUUACAACGUUUACAGAUUGCAUUAGAUGUUGUACAUGGUUUACGUUUCCUACAUAAUCAUGGUCUUAUACAUCGUGAUAUUAAAUUGAAAAAUGUUUUAUUAGAUAAAUAUAAUCGUGCUAAAAUUACUGAUUUGGGUUUUUGUAAAUCCGAAGUAAUGAUAUCUGGUAGUAUUGUUGGUACACCAAUACAUAUGGCACCUGAAGUUUUUACCGGUAAAUAUGAUUCAAUGGUCGAUGUUUAUGCAUUUGGUAUUUUGUUUUGGUAUAUUUGUGCUGGUUCAGUUGAAUUACCACAAAUAUUUGAACAAUGUCAUAAUAAAGAUCAUUUAUGGAUUGCUGUUAAGAAAGGUCUUCGACCAGAAAAAUUACCAAUAUUCGAUGAUGAAUGUUUUAAUCUAAUGGAACGUUGUUGGACAGGUGAUUCAUCAAAACGACCAUUAUUGGGUGAAGUUGAAGAAGUUUUAUUAGAUAUUAAAAUGCGUUAUGAACGUGAAUAUUAUACAAAUAAUCCUAUACAAAUUAAUAACAGCAAUAAUACAAAUACAAAUAAUGUUGAUAUUUUAAAUCGUCAAGAUAAUAGUAAUAAUAAUAAAAAAUCAUUACCAAAAGGAUUUUCACCAAGAAAUAAACGAUUAUCAAUGCAAGAACAACAACAACAACAAUUUAAUCGUCAACAAAUUACAAAUGUUGUUACAACAGCGACAACAAAUCCUAAUCCAAUAACGAUACCUGGAUCGAUUACACCUACAAAACAGCAACAAAUUAUAACAAGAAGAUCAUCAACACCAUCACCAACAUCAUUUCAACAACAACAACCAUCAUCAUCAUCACCAUUAUCAUUGCAGCAGCAGCAGCAACAACAAUCACCAUCAUCAUCUGCAGCAACAAAUUUAGAAUUAGCAACAAUCAUUAACAAUAAUAAUGAUGAUAAACAACAACAACAACUGAGAAAACAACCAAUUGAACAAAUUCUAAUUACUAAUAAUAAUAAUGAAAUUGCAACGGCAAUUCUUUAAAACAAUCA